GUGGCGCAUGCGCGCUGCCUCCGUAUUGUGCCCGGCCGGCCCAGCCCCAGCGCGCCUCAGUCGGCGAGAGGCCGUUGGCGCGCGUGGAGCUGCUGCCCCCUGCGGCCGGCGCCGCGCCACCUCCGCUCCCUUCCCCGCCCUCCCACCGCCAGCACUCGCCAUGGAGUAAGGCCCUCGCCGGCCGGACGGCGGGCCUCGCCGCGCCUCUCGAUGGCUCUGGUGACGGUGCAGCGCUCGCCUACCCCCAGCGCCACCUCCAGCCCCUGCGCCUCGGAAGCAGACAGUGGGGAAGAGGAAUGCCGAUCCCAGCCCAGAAGCAUCAGCGAAAGCUUCCUGACUGUGAAAGGUGCAGCUCUCUUCCUACCACGAGGAAAUGGAUCUUCUACUCCCAGGAUCAGUCACAGGCGCAACAAGCAUGCAGGGGAUCUCCAGCAACACCUGCAGGCCAUGUUCAUACUGCUACGCCCAGAAGACAACAUCAGACUGGCUGUAAGACUGGAAAGUACCUACCAGAACCGCACUAGAUACAUGGUAGUAGUGUCCACCAACGGCAGACAAGACACCGAAGAAAGCAUUGUCCUAGGAAUGGAUUUCUCUUCCAAUGACAGUAGCACUUGUACGAUGGGCUUGGUGCUGCCGCUGUGGAGUGACACCUUGAUCCACCUGGAUGGGGACGGAGGGUUCAGCGUAUCAACAGAUAACAGGGUUCAUAUAUUCAAGCCAGUGUCUGUACAGGCAAUGUGGUCUGCUCUGCAGAGUUUACAUAAGGCUUGUGAGGUGGCACGGAGCAACAAUUACUACCCAGGGAGCCUCUUUCUCACGUGGGUCAGUUACUAUGAGAGCCAUAUCAACUCUGACCAGUCAUCAGUCAACGAGUGGAAUGCCAUGCAAGAUGUCCAGUCCCACCGCCCCGACUCACCUGCCCUCUUCACAGAUGUCCCAACUGAACGGGAACGUACAGAACGGCUAAUUAAGACCAAGUUAAGAGAGAUCAUGAUGCAGAAAGAUCUGGAGAACAUCACAUCAAAAGAGAUCCGCACUGAGCUGGAGAUGCAGAUGGUGUGUAACCUGCGGGAGUUCAAGGAGUUCAUUGACAACGAAAUGAUAGUGAUCCUUGGGCAGAUGGACAGCCCCACGCAGAUAUUUGACCAUGUCUUCUUGGGCUCAGAAUGGAACGCCUCCAAUUUGGAGGACUUGCAGAACAGAGGGGUGCGGUACAUUCUGAAUGUGACUCGAGAAAUAGAUAACUUCUUCCCUGGCCUCUUUGAGUACCACAAUAUCCGGGUGUAUGAUGAAGAAGCAACAGACCUUCUGGCUUACUGGAAUGACACCUACAAAUUCAUCUCCAAGGCAAAGAAAAAUGGUUCUAAGUGCCUGGUGCACUGCAAGAUGGGGGUGAGCCGCUCUGCCUCCACGGUGAUCGCCUACGCCAUGAAGGAGUAUGGCUGGAAUCUGGACAGGGCCUACGACUAUGUGAAGGAGCGGCGCACGGUCACCAAGCCCAACCCCAGCUUCAUGCGGCAGCUGGAGGAGUACCAAGGGAUCCUGCUGGCCAGCAAACAGCGGCACAAUAAACUCUGGCGCUCACACUCCGACAGUGACCUCUCAGACCAUCAUGAGCCCAUCUGCAAGGCUGGGCUGGAACUGAACAAAAAGGAGAUCACCACCUCAGCAGACCAGAUCUCGGAGGCAAAGACCAAUGACAACCAGCAGCCAGUGUCUCCCAUCUACUCAGCUGAGCUAGACAGAGAGCAGCAGCUCCCAGCAGAUGCAAACAUGAUCGAGGAGGUGUGUGUGAAGGAGAGGAUCCACCUAGAGUUUAUGUGUCGGGACUUCCACACUGAGCAGAUGGAGGACAAACUGAACCUGAACAACAUCAAUGGCUGUACGGCUGGGUGCUGUGUAGACUCUGUCCCCCCUGAUAACUGCCAUGCUUCUGAGGCCUUACUGCAGCUCCAGCACCCUUUGGAGAUUGCAGAGUUUCCUGAUUUGACGGUGGACGAUCUAGAAAAAGAUGCCCUUAAGCCCGACGUGAACGUGCACUUGGUUCCCAUGGAAGAAUUCAACUCGUGCUUAAAAGACUUUCCUCACUCCCCUAACCAGAAUUCCCCAAGCCUCCAACAGAAUCCCCAGCCUGAAGUGACAGAGCUCAGUGCAGACAGGAUUGAUUUCUUCAGCGCUUUGGAGAAGUUCGUGGAGCUUUCCCAGGAGAGCCGCCCGCGCACCUGCUCCCACUCCCGGACAGAGGAGCAGGGCAGUGGAAGGAAUGGGGUCUCCAGGGUGCCUGUGCUGGAAGUGCUGCCCACUGCAGAUGGAGCUGCAGAUGCUCAAAGGAACAGCUCUGGAAACACUCCUCAGGCGUCAGAUGACUCUUCUGCAGAUGAAGAGCAACAAAAGGAGGUCCCCGAGCUGCCUGCUGCAGGCCAGCUCACGAGAUCCCACUCGGAAAAUGCUAUUUCUGUGAAGGAAAUCAUCACUGAGAUCGAGUCAAUCAACCAGGCAGCAGGACCUGCCCAGCAGAAAGAGGGUUCAGCCAGCCUCACCCAGACACCAAAGAGGAACACACUGCAUGACUUGCCAGUGGAGGCAAUUUGGAUGUCAGAAAGGCUUGAGCAGAGUGAGGGAGCCUGUGCUGGUCACCAGGAAAAGGAGAAGGACUCUCUGCAAGCUGAGCAAGAAACUGCCCCUUCCCUGCAGCCAUCUUCUGGUAAAUCAGACCUGGAGGAAGGCAGCUCUGGUGGGGAUCCACAAGAGCCUCACAGCUCCAUCAACCCUGAGCCCAAGUGGUGCCCUGGCUCCGUUCGGCGAGCCACCUUGGAGUUUGAGGAGCGCUUGAGACAGGAGCAGGAGCACCAGCACACAUCCCCUGUCUGCCUCUUACCGACCCGCAAGAACUCCAGGAACGACUCUCCUGCUGCCGAGCUCCUGCUGCGGGGGAAGAGCGAGGAGCCACCCCUGGAGCUGGCUCCAGAGGGUGGUGAGCCACAGGGCCUAGGUGCUGAGGACCUGCUGCUGCCUCCUGAGGCAGAGCUGCCUGCAGAGCCCAGGCCGGGGCAGGAGGGAGCAGCACAAGAGCACAGGACAGUGGUCUCGUUUGAUGGGACAGCGCCACCCCUGCCCUCCCUCCUCCCAAAGAAAAUGGAGAUCAUCGAGUACACUGCCGCGGUCAGGGCUGCAGAGCGUCCCGGUGCGACCUGUGAGCAGGGUGGGCUGGACACAGCCGUCCUGCCUUUGGAUGAAAACUUGAACCCUUCACUGUGCUCAGAGAAGGCACCGACCUGCCUCGGAGCUCUGCUGCUGGGGAGCCCCUCAGCACCGGAGCAGGCGGUACACAGGCAGGCCACCUUCACCGUGGGCAGUGCUGUCGAGGAGGGUGCUGAGUCAUCUGCUCACCUCGGUGCUGCUUCUCCCUCUGCCCAGGUGACCCCUACACCUUCGGCCAUCUUGGAGUGCUCCUCUUACCCCCACGUAAUUCACCUGGAAGGUGUCACUGAGCAGAGCACGAGUACGGACGAUGAGCUGGUCGCGCCGCAUGGCACCGAGGGAGAUGCAUCUCUCCCAUUCAGGGACAGACCCAACCCUCUCUGCGAGGGAGGUGCUGGCACCUCCAGGCAGCUGAGCAGUGAGGAUUUCACCAGCCCACACACUGAGAACAUGGACCUUCUGGACAUCUCCUUCCUGUGUUAUGGCAUCCCUCACAGCUCCAGCAGCCACAGCGUGGAGGAGCACAGCAACAGCCCUGGGCUGGUCAAGCAGCGAGCGAAGGAAAUAGAGGCUCGGAUCCGGCACGCGGGGCUCACCACACCCUCCCACAUGAAGCGCUCGGCCUCCUUGGCCAAGUUGGACUGCCUGGACCUCUCCAAGGAUGACUUAUCUGAGAGGCAGUCAGCCUCUUCCAAUGCCAACCCCGUGCUUUUCACUUGCGUUGCCCUGGGUCAAGGCUUUUGCGAGGGCAGGCUGGAGCAGGGCUCAGAAGGCGCUGGCGGGAAGCAUCGCCUGUCCUCCCCCGAGCCCGCCAGGCACUUUGUGGAGCAGCUCAGAACAGCCGAGUGCAUCGCCCAGAGCAAGCCUGUGGAGAGGCCGCUAGCUCAGUACGCCAAAGAGUGCGGCUCCAGCCAGCCGAGCUUGUUUUCCAACGCGGAUCCAACGUGGACUAGCUCCGAGGAGGGUCUGUCACUGCUCCGGCUGCAGGUCCUGGACUCCUUACCUCCGCCUCGAGGUCUGGCUGUCACAGCCCGGCAGCAGCACGGGAGAACUCAUCCUCUGAGGAGGCUCAAAAAGACCAGUGACAAAAAGCGGACAACCAAUCCCCUCUACAACACGAUGUGAGCCCUGGGCUGCCACCUCUGAGCCCGUGGCGCUGGUUCAUGCAAGGGGCAGGUGUAAUAUAAGGAACAUGCACUUUAUUGGUUAAUUUUAUAUAUAUAUAUAUUGUCAUUUUACUGUUCCUGCCGCAUGUAGGUGUGGGUUGGUUCUUCUGUGUGUGACUGACUGCAGGACUGUUUGGGGUUGGGGGGUUGUUUUUAACGUUUUUUGGGGGUUUGUUGUUUUGUUUUGUUUUUUUAUCUUGGGUAACCUCAAAAUUUAUUUCUUUUUGUUUUGUUUUUUCCCUUUGGUAAUUUUUUGUUGUCGUUAGUUUGUUUUAAAAGAACACCUUCCCCAUCUGCCAGUUGGCAUUGGCUUGCUUUGGCAAGGUGGAGUUUUUGCUUAGAACCAGAUCCUAGUUCCUAACUUGAAUUUUCCCCAUGCCUUGAAACAUGGUGCUGGGCGGUUGCUGGGGUGAGAACCACCCCCCCCCCCCCCCAAAAUGUGAAGGCUGUGCCAAGGUCCCUCUGUUUGUACUUCUGCAAACUGGAACCCCAUGAUGCGGGCAGAUCACUCAGAAAGCUGCUUCAGGACAACUCCAACCCUAGGCUUGGUUCAGCUUGGUGCAUCCCCAAAAGGAGUAAAUCUCCCUAGUGGAUGGGCUCCACAAUCCCCAGGCAGUCUGGCACUAGUGUGGGUCAUGCAGAGCUCCCCAUUUUGUGGUGAGCUCCUCCAGGAGCUGCCCAGCUCACCUCUCCUCACUGCCCCAGCCAAGCAGGUGAGAGGAAGAGAGCCCCAAAGCCCCAGGGUGUUCUUUUAAAACAAAUGCCUCGUUAGGGUUUAACCCUCCCAUUACUUGAAUACUGCUGUGGACCUUGCAGGUUCACAGCCAUAUCGUCUGUCCUCUGCCCUCCUGCUGCCUUCCCUCCACCCAAAAGCUGUUCUUGUGUCCCCUCAGCCACACUCUGAUCGCUCCUAAACCUGGAGGCAAAGCUUUGUCCUCUGCUGUCACUCCUAACACUCAUCCUGGAGGGAAGAUCUUUUCUGGAAGCUUUUUUCCUUUCUUCUUAGGCUUUUUUUUUUUUUCCUAAACUGUAAAUAUGAUAUUUAUAGAGAAACUUUUUUUCCUUUUUUUUUUUUUUGGUGGUUUCUAUGGUCUGGGGUCUUUUAAAGAAGGAAAGAAAAAAAAAGGGCAAGACUGCAUUCUGUAAACUGGAAAACAAACCCACCUUACUCACACUCAGUGCUGUUCCUUGUCAUCUGCACAGAAGUGGCAGUGGAUUUGACAUCAUAAGCUGUCUUCCCUUUCCAGAAGUGAGCCUCGAUGCCAGCCUUUGCCAAACAUGUCCCUUCUCCUCCAGUGCUGUGUGCAGCCCUGAUACCACACCGUGGGAGGAGGACUGCACCUGCCCAUCUCCCUCCCUGCAUCUGCCUGUCUGCCCCCUGCUUUCAGCUGGGUUUCAGAAGUGCCAGUUAGCCAUGGAAAGCUGUUGGCUCUUCUCAGCCAUUCUGCAGGUUCCUGCUCCUCUAGAAGGGUCUGCUCCAAAUUUCAGCAGAUGAUUUGGUGGUUCCUGAGCAGCUUGGCCAAAUCGAAGCUCCUUUCCAGCUUUGCAUAUCAGCAGAUUGUACAUAUGCUGUAGGAGCAGAGAGAAAGGGAUUUGGCUGUGGCUGAAGGGCUCUGUGUCCUGUCCACAGACUCGUGGCACGUCUGGUGCAAGAACUUGUCUGAGCGGGUGCUUGGCUCUGGCCCAGACCUGCCUUCUGGGGAGGAGCAAAACAGAAGAUGCAGAAUGGCUCCAACUGAAAGCCUAGCAUGGAAAGGAUGUGGUGUGGGAGGAGCAGCAGACAAGGCCAUGCCUAAAUAGCGGUGCUGAUGCCGCAGAGUCUGGUGGGCUCUGAUGAGACGUGCUCAGCUUGAGCCAGAGGGGAGCACACAGCACUGGAGUGCUGUGGAGUAUUGGGAUGCAGCGUAUCUGCCCUGGGGUAGGUCUGUCCGUAGACCUUCACCUUCUUCCCAGGCAGUGGCAGGGGGUAGCUGAGUAGUUUGAAGUGAUCCCACUUCACUGCCCUCCUGCAGCUCCCAGGAAUCCUCCUGUGCUGCCUUGCAGAGCCUGCAUGCCCACAGCUCGAGCAACGGGGCCAUGAGCAUGUCUGUCCUCCUCCAGAAGCAGCCUGCACUUCGUCCCUCCCUUUCCAAGUAGCUUGAGCUCUCCUGUGCUGUGGGCAGGCUGGAGCACAGCCCGGAGUAGCCCAGCAGGGCCCUGUCUUGGGUCAAAUAGCACAGUGCCCCGGACUGUUUCAGUCACUAGAAGUCACUCAACUCCCUGGCCCGGGAGGCUACAGACUUCUUUUAGACGCUGAGACCUUUGGCUUCUCUUAGCCUGCUCCAGCUGGCUUCAGAGCUGGGCAGGCAGCAUGGAAAGGCCAAAUGGCUCAUGUCAUCUUGUGAAGGACAGUUUCAGUCCUUGCCUCCCCCACAAACCUCACCAGACUUGCUACCCACCGUUCUGGCUCUCCAGACAUCUCUGCCUGCCCCUCCAUGGGUGGAAGGGACGAAGUGCCACCAAGGGCUGGAGAGAGUGUGACUGGCUGGCGACACGUCCUGGUGGCAAGGAUCUGCUUGGGAGAAAGCCCUGUGUAUAACUUCUUCCCUUGAGAAGAGAGAGGGAGAAUGAAAGGGAUCAGGUUUCUUUGCCAAGUGUUAUCUCAGGAGCAGUGCCCUAUAGGAAAGCUGUCCCAUGCAGACCAGAAACGUAACUUCUUUCCAGUGCUCUGCUGCUCUCCAGGUGCUUCAGUGGGGGAGAGUAGCAAAGAGGCAAAGACCCUGCAGGAAGGUGCUUUGCUGUCCCCUUGUCCUCUGCUCUGGCUCAGCACAGUUGUUUUUUCCUUUUGGAAACCUGUGGGCAGGUGGAGGGAGUUGGGGAGGAUGAUUCUCUUCCAGAGUGAUGAAGGCCUUGGAGGUCUGGAGGCUCUGACCUGGAGGGCAGAACGAGGGAUGGGCUGGAAGGGCACAUUGCAUGCAGCUGGCUGGGGGUCCUGGGUCCUCUUUGGCCAGUGCCCGGGUGAUGGAAGCCAUCAAGCCCAUGGCAUCAGAGGUCUCUGCCUGGGAAGAGUUGUCCUUUUUCCAUGCUGGUGGCCCAUGGAGGCUCUCUUCUGGUUCCUGGAGAGCUUCUCGUGACCUGAGCACCACAGGGAGCAGCACUUUCCCCCGAUGGGAAGGAGCAGCACCCGCAGGGCGCUCAGCAUCUGCCAAGCCUUGCUGAGGGAGGGGGUUUAGGAGAAAGGAGUUGUUUUAAGGGCAUUUUUGUACAAAGCAACUGUUUUUUAGUCUCGCAAAGCCCUCUCAGAGGAUGCUUUAUUGUUUACAUUGACUCCUGUACAAUAUCUCAGCCAUCGCUGCCCCUCGCCCACCCUGUGCCCGCUGUUCUGUGCCCCCUGAGCCUUGCCCAGGCGUUAGCGUGUGCGUGAAGCUGGGUUUUACACUGUGUCCUGUUGCACUCGGUGGUGUGUGUGUGUGUGUCCGAUCUGCUUGAGAACUUGUGACCUGUACAAAUUUCUCUCCCCUCCUUCAGCCCUUUCCAGGGGACAUAGUCCCAGCGGGUGGCAGGAGGGUCAGGAGGUGACACGGUCUCUUGCUCACUUGGAUGUUAAGCAGAGUAGGGAUUAGCUCGGCGUCCCUGUGCCAGUGAAGGGCUGGUGGAAGGUAUCCCACCCUGGCUCUGGCUGCUCCGGGAAUCUCCUGGGAGGCGCAAGCUGCUGGGAAGCAGCACAGGCAGCGAGACACUGACCUGCCUGGGGCUCUGAGCGUCCUGCAGCUCUCCCAGCCCAGCGGCAGGAGGAAGCCAUACCCGCCACAGGUCCCCUGCUCCCGUCGUGGUGUGUCCUGCCUUAAUCUGGUCCUAGCUCCACACAAACCCCCACGCUUCUCCCUAAGGGAGGGACACCCCAUCCCCAGCCUUUGCUGGCACGGGGCAGAGGCAGGCAGCUGGCCUGGCACAGGAGGGGUCCAGGCUGAGCAGAGGGCACUCAGUCACCCUCCGGCAGUGCUGCCAGAGGUGCUAACAGCCCGCCCACGCUGCAGACAUCUCUGUUGGCACAAAAGAAGGUGCCAGUGCCUUUUUAUUUUCCUUUAUGGAGAUGUGACCUUCUGUCUGUGCACUGGUGCGAUGGGAUCGCCCCAGGGCUGGGCAGCCCAGACCCACACCGUCUGCUGGAGCUUGGGGAUGGCUGGCGGUGGAGGUGCAAACCGGGGAGGGAAGCACUUCUGUCUGUCCCUCCUGGAUCUUCCUUGGUGGCUGGGAUUGUCCCCUUCCCCCCUACAGACUUUAUGACCGAUGUGCUCAGCUGUUUUUAAAUGUGAACUUGUGCACUGAUGUGCAGAUUCAAUGUUCUUGUUACCGAAUAAAUAAAGUUUUAUUUUGAAGAGGACAA